UAUAUAUCGACUGGCUUGGAAAAGAAGUCAAAAUAAAAAAUAAAAACAAAACUAAAUAUUACAAUAACAAUGUUUCUCGAUCGACAAAAUUAAGAAAAUUACAAAAUUACUAGCACAUGUACCUACUUCAUACUUUUAUGUACUGAAACUACGUUGUAACAUCAGAAGUGGUCCCGCUAUUGAGUUGCAUAAAAGGUGGUCUAAGAUACGUUCAGGGCAAUAACGGGCUGCUGCUGCUGCACUUUACAAAAUAUUGCAAUUGACAACAAAUGGGUUUUCUGCUUCACUUCUUCAAAUUGGACAAGCGCUGGCAACUACUGCCUAAAAGUGAUAUUUUCUUCAAGCGUAGCAUAAAAAAGCAGGCAGUUAGUCCAACCAAACUCGCAGAAGUUGGGCGCUUGUUGGAGGCAAAAGAAGGCAGGUACGAUACUGGUCAACUGUUCUUGCAUCGCAUAUUUGGUUAUCGCGGAGUGAUUCUUUUCCCAUGGACGGCUCGCGUGUACGAUCGUGAUUUGCACAAUACUAGAAAGCAGACACCAACAGCCACGCCGACGCCAUGUCCCACAGAGGCUUCACCAUUUAAUUUUAAUACAGGUAAUAGCGACAACAGUGGAACGCCAGCAGCCGCACAUAGUAACGAUGCUCCCACUGCAUGGCAUGCAAAUAAGAACGCUACAGAUACGCAGGGUACCACAGCUAUGGGCACCGCAAAACCAGCUACUAACACCAGCGCGAGUAACUCUGUCGAUGCCAAAGAAGUUAAAGGUAAAACGCAAACGUUUUAUCAGGUGCUCAUCGAUACCAGGGACUGUCCAUACAUUCGCGCGCAAACCGAGGCUGUCACCUUCCUGGGUAAUCAGGACUCGAAUCGCAGCUUGUACGCUAUUCCUGGACUAGAUUACGUUGCACACGAUGACAUCAUGCCAUAUUGCUCAACCGAUAAGCACCCUUUGCAACACGAGCUCUUUGAUAAAUUUUUAUCAUAUGCUGCGGAUGCUGAACCACCGUUUGUUGGUCAAGAUACGCUUAAGGCGUGGCAGGAAAAGAAUCACCCAUGGUUAGAUAUGAGCGAUGUACACAAGGAAACAACUGAAAAUGUUCGCAUUACAGUAAUACCUUUUUAUAUGGGCUGUCGCGAAACACCUGCAUCUUCGGUUUAUUGGUGGCGAUAUUGUAUACGGUUGGAGAAUCUUGGCGAGCUUAGUGUGCAGCUACGUGAACGGCAUUGGCGCAUCUUUUCACUCUCUGGUACUCUGGAAACGGUGCGGGGACGCGGUGUUGUUGGCCAGGAGCCUAUACUGAGUCCUCGAUUACCGGCGUUUCAAUACAGUAGCCACGUAAGUUUGCAGGCGCCUAGCGGUCAUAUGUGGGGAACGUUCCGUCUAGAACGCGAAGAUGGCUAUGCGUUUGACUGUAAGAUACCACCCUUUUCUCUUGAGUCUAAACCAGAUGAUGUAAGUACGCCUCCAGUUGGGGGUGCAGCCGCUAACGACGAAGUGGAUUAAUAAAUGUUACUAGAUAAUGGUUAUUAUAACAACUCAAUAUUAUUUGACUAUUCAGGAAGUACAUGUGUUUAG